AUGUCUUUUAUCGACAUUCCGAAUGAGCUGAUCUACCUUGUGGGGAAAUACCUGCCCCAGAAAAGUAUCUCAUCCCUAAUGCAGACCAAUCAUAUGCUGUGUGGUCUGCUCCAGAAAACACUAUAUGAUAAGACACCUGAGAGUAAAACCUAUCACAUUCUUUAUAAGGCAUGCGAGCAUGGCCGUGUGGACCUGGCACGCGAAAUGCUGAAACGGCUUGGUGCACAACAACGGCCAAAGGAUAUUCCACGCUUUCUAGCAGCAGCGGCGGCCCAUGGACAUGUUGAUGUUCUUCAGUUAAUUCUAGAGCAAGAAAACACUGAUCCGAAUGAGGACUGCAUUAUUCAUUCAACAGCUCUUGUAUCUGCGGCAGGAGGAGGCCAUCUUGAGGCGUUGAAAACUUUACUUGAGCAUCCUAGAGUUCAGCCAGACCAAUUAGGCAGAUAUGGUCGAACGCCCUUCUUCGCAGCCGCAGAAAAUGGCAAUGUAUCGAUUAUGAAAGAACUCCUGAAAACAGGGCGAGUCGACUUGAGUCACCGGAAUAAUGAGGGUCGUUCGGCCAUACACUUUGCAGGAGAGAUGGGACAAGAAGAAGCAAUGCGCUUCCUUUUAAGUCUGCACACCGACCCUGGACUUCGAGACGGAAAUGGCUCUACCCCUCUAGCCACCGCCGCAGCAGCAGGAGCCUCGGGCGUUGUGAAGAUUCUCCUCGAAACUGGCCGCGUGGAUGCAAAUGCAAAAGACCACGCAUCUAAGACACCUCUACAUCGAGUUUUUGAAUUCGCCAGUUUAAUAGAUAGCCAUCUCGUUCGAGAUCAAGAGAAGAAGGAGAAGGUCCACCGCAUGCUGUCUGGGGAGGUCCUUCCACCGCACUCUCCAGCGAGUGAACUUCGGCGAAAGAGAACGGAAGAGCACACUUUGACGACUGAUGGUUAUGAGGUCAUCAGACAGCUCCUCGCUCUAGAGGAUAUAGAAUUAGAACCUUGUGAUUCAGAGGGCCGAACGCCUUUGUCCCAUGCCGCCGGGGUAUGUUCUGUUGAAGGGACGAGAUUACUGAUUGCUACUGGGAAGGUGGAUCUUGAAUCGAAGGAUAAUGAUGGCUGGUCACCGGCUACCUGGCUUGAAUGCCAGUAUAAGCCAAAGCCGACGCCGGAUGAGAUAGAGUCAGAUAUUGAAACUCCAGGCUUUAUGCUUUUUGAUUGA